AUGAAGCUGCUCAGCAGAAGAGGCUCACCUCAUGCGAUGGCCAGGUGGGCAUUGGCUCUGCUUUGCUUCAUCGUGUUCCGCGAUAGUCUGAAAAGGCUCCCGGUUUGCCUGGUCCCUGGCGCUUCGGCCAGCGAUGCAAGCAUCAGCUCUGAAACCAUCGGCGAGGGCUUGCGCAAGGUCCAGUCCUGUGUAGCGGAAGCGGCGGGUGGUCGAGACGUGCGUCUCGUGGCUGUAUCGAAGUUCCAGCCCGCGGAAGCAGUGCAGGCUGCAUUGGACUUGGGACAGGUAGAUUUUGGAGAGAACUACGUGCAAGAGCUGCUGGACAAAGCGUCGGUUUUACCAUCCAGCACAAGGUGGCAUUUCAUCGGCCGCCUGCAGUCGAACAAGGUAAAGAAGUUGGUGAGCCUGCCAAACCUGGUGGCCAUCGAGACCGUGGACUCAUCUUCCUUGGCAGCCAGGAUAGCAUCCGCUGCGGAAGCUGCCGGAAGGGGAGAGGGAGGCAUUGAUCCGCUGAACCUGCUCAUCCAGGUUGACACCAGUGGCGAACAGACGAAAGGCGGCGUGCAGCCACAUGAAGCUUCCGAGAUUGCAUCCCACAUUGCAGCCUGUGGAAGUUCGGUGCGAUUUGCUGGGCUGAUGACCAUCGGGGCUCCGGGCGACAUGGGAGCUUUCGACCGCCUCCGCAGUGUUCGCGGCGCGGUGGCUACCGCUCUGGGCGUGCCCGACCAGGAGCUUGGCUUGAGCAUGGGGAUGUCGGGAGACUUCCAGGAGGCUAUCCGCAAGGGCGCCACCUCGGUGCGGGUAGGUUCCCGAAUCUUCGGCGCCAGACCGCCUCGGAGAGCCGGUUAA